AUGACCAGCACCGAAGAGCCACCAGGUCUCCUGACCAUCCCUUACGACAUUCGCUUCUUGAUCUACCAACACCUCUUUCCACCAGGCAGCCAGAUCUACGUACAGGCCCUACCGCAUGCAUCGGGACAGUAUACGGCAGCCAGGCCCUUGAUGGCGAUCCAUCCGUCUGGCUCCCGCAUAUCGACCGAGCUACUCCUUACGAACCGCCGACUGGGCACCGAAGGCAGCGAAUACCUCUACAACAGCUACCUCUUCAACGUAAUCGGUCUCAAACCAGACUGCCUAAGCAACUACGAGAGAAUUGCGGACGUGAUGAGAAAGUAUGCAAGAGAAGAGGUGCAUGUCGAUCCUUUCAGCAAUGGAGAACAUUCAAAGACUAUGUGCAUGAGUAUCUACUGCGGCCAAGACAAGAGCGAUGCUGUCAGUAGAAGGAACAGAGGACUAUAUGUGGACCUGCGAGAUAUGAUAGAGGAGUGCCGGGCUCAAGGAUGGUAUACGGGGCGAGAAGAGGGCUUCCAAGACAGACCAGUGUGGGUGCGGUGGAAGGAGAAGUGGGACCGGUAUGCAGAGGGCAGUCCUCUGCUGCCUUUCCUGCUUGCGAUACUGGUUCUUGCCGCGACAACGUCUGUCUUCGGCUUGUCAGUGUUCUCUGGACUUGCACAGAGAUGGUACUUCAUCGGAGGAGAGCAAGGCGAGAUGCUUUGA